AUGAGUAGUGUUAAUCUUGAAAAAAUCUAUAAAGCUUAUGAAGACAUAGAUGCAGCAGGGAAUGAAGAAGAUUCGCUUGCCAAAGUUAAAGGAUCAUAUGAAGCUUUAAUUGCUGCAGCACAUGGUGAAAGUAAUUGCAAACGACUAGCAGCACAAUUUAUUCCACGUUUCUUUGGAAAGUUUCCUGGCUUUCAUGAGACUGCAAUAGAUGCUUUAUUUGAUUUAUGCGAGGAUCAAGAUUUGAAUGUUCGAUUGACUGUUAUAAAACACUUGCCUAAUGUGGUAAAAGAAUCAAAAAAAUAUUCAUUACGAAUAACUGACGCACUUGUACAAUUACUUCAAAAUGGCAGCUCUCAAGAAUUAUUAGUAGUUAAAAAGGCUAUUGAACAAGUUAUUCGCAUAGAUCCACAAGCAUCAUUACGAUUUAUAAUUCAACAAGCAAUUGUUGGUUCAACAGAGGUUAAGAAACAUACAAUUAAUUUUUUAUCAGUAGAUUUAAAUAAAUUUAAAAAUGAAUUAUUUGAUCAGUAUAAAGAUUUGGAACAAUUUUUGGCAGAUGAAAUACAAAAAGUUCUUCAUGAAGCUGAAUUCUUUGAAUUAGAAAUCUUUAUUAGCAUGUUAUCUUCUUUAAAGGUUUAUGGAAAUAACAAAAGUAAAUUGCAAGAUUUAUCAAAUUCAUUAAUAAAUGCGAUUGUAACUGAUAAAGAAACAUUUGAUCCCAUUGACGAAAAAAUUUUUCAAAAAUUUGUGUUAUGUGGGAAAACUAUCCUUAAAUUUUUUGAGAAUGGUGUAUCUGGAACAGAAUUUUUGACAUUAUUGAUAAAGAUUUUACCUUAUAAAAUAUAUUCAAAACUAAAUGAGAAACAACAAAUAACAGUUUUGCACUAUUUAGCUGAAUGCGCAAGUACAAGUCUUAAUGAAGAAACUAUGAAAGCAGCUGCCCCACUAAUUAAAGACCUAUUUAUUAAUGAGAUACCAGCUCCACCUGAAGAAGCAAUAGCAGAAGAUCCAAAAUUAAACUUACCUAAAGUUGAAUCUAUUGUAUACUCUUUGUAUGCUUUUGCUUCAAAGAUUCCUGAUGUUAGUGAAGGCGAACAAAUUAGUUCACGAUUUCGUUAUCUUUAUUCAUUUGCUAUCACAUGUCUUCAGCGUAUUAGAAAUACAAUGAAUGAUUUACAAAAACAACAACAAAAAGAUCAAGAGAGCUUGGAAAAAGUAAAAAAGGCAGAAAAUGAACGGGUGGUGACAAAUAAUAUAUUGGAGAUGGUCAAGGAAUUGAUGAAACCAGCAAAAAAUCGGUUUUACAAAAAAAUAGCAUUAUCUUGGAAAAAACCGAUACAAACUAGUACAGCAUCAUCAUCAUCACCAACAAUAACUAAAUCAUCAAAAGAAACUAAAAGAUCCAUUGAGUCAAAUGUGACAACACUGCCAACAAGAAAUAAAAUACAAAAAACAUCUAAAGAUCCACCUAAUAUAAGGUCUCAAAAUUUCAAGACAUCUCAUAUUAUUCGUCAAUCUAAUAAAAUGAGUCCUAAACAUGGUGGUUCAAGCGGUAAUAUGAGGAAUAAUGGUGGUGCAAGAUCUUUUAAGAUUGAUCGAAACAGUAAUAAAGAAAGGAAUAUAUAUGUUCCUCCACCACGUAGAGGCACAUGA